UCAUCUCUCUGGGGCUUCUGAAUGUUUUCCUGCUGAUUGGACUCAUCAGCCUUGGUGUUUUCUGCAGCUUGGCAGCAGAUCUCACCGACACCAAAGACAAUCUGACUGAUCGUCUCCAGGACAGCAAUAACCAGCUUUCUGUAAUGAUUGAAGAAAGAGACCGUCUGAAUGCAACCCUCACAGAAAUGUCUAACGAGAUCAUCAGGCUUCAGAGUUUGUUGAAGAAAAAGAAAACCUGUCCUGCAGGAUGGAGGACGUUCAGCUCUUCUUGUUAUUUCCUCUCUACGUCGUCUGGCUCCUGGAAUAAAGCCAGAGAAGACUGCAGGAACAGAGGAGGAGAUCUGGUGGUGAUAAAUGACGAUGAUGAACAGAAUUUUCUUUCUGCAAUCAUCAAUAAAGAAACAUGGAUUGGUUUGAAUGAUAUAGAAACUGAGGGAUCCUGGAAGUGGGUUGAUGACACUCCGCUGACUCAACUGUGAGUUUUGAAUUUUUCUUUAUUAUUCAUU